ACUCUCUCUAUCUCUUCUUCUGUUAGCAUGUGAUCUCGCUGACACACUCCUCCUUUAUUUGUCGGCGCUUUCACACCCCUCCUAAUCCCUUUUCUUUUUUUACUCUUCCAUUUCACUCUCUUACUGCCACUGUUACUGUGUUUCUCUAUUACUUGUAAAUUGCUAAACAACUUCACUUUCAAGUCUCACCUCGUGACACACUGCAUUAUCAUUUAUAAAUAACAACACCCACUCACCAACACCACUUUAUAUUCAUUCAUCCCAAUUCACAACCAUUCCAAUACCCCAUUUUUCUACUACUUCAUUACAACACAAAAAUGGCAUUCACCGAAUCAAAUUUUCUCAGCCUCUUCAUUCUUCUUCUGGUUAUUCUAGCAAGAACCACCGCCGCACAUGAUUACGCAGACGCAUUAUCAAAAUCAAUCCUCUUCUUCGAAGGCCAACGAUCGGGAUUCUUACCGUCCGACCAGAGACAAAAAUGGCGUGCAAACUCCGGUCUCAGUGAUGGAUGGACUUACAACGUUGAUCUCACCGGCGGUUACUACGACGCCGGCGAUAACAUCAAAUUCGGUUUUCCGAUGGCGUUUACAACUACAAUGUUAUCCUGGAGUGUGAUUGAAUUCGGAGAUAACAUGCCUCCGAAUGAACUCAGAAACGCUUUAGUCGCAAUUCGUUGGAGUACUGAUUAUUUGCUUAAGACUGUUUCUCAGCCUAACCGCAUUUUCGUUCAGGUGGGUGAUCCAAAUACAGACCACCUCUGUUGGGAGAGACCGGAGGACAUGGACACGAGCAGGAUUGUGUAUGCUGUUGAUGCACCUAAUCCAGCUUCUGAUGUCGCCGGAGAAACCGCUGCUGCGCUUGCUGCUGCUUCCGUGGCGUUCCGUUCAUCGGAUCCCGGUUAUUCAGAGACAUUACUUCGAAAUGCUGUUAAUGCUUUUCAGUUUGCAGAUAGUUAUAGAGGUGCUUAUAGUGACAAUGCUAAUGUUAAGGAUGCUGUUUGCCCUUUUUAUUGUGAUUUUGAUGGAUAUCAGGACGAAUUGUUAUGGGGAGCUGCAUGGUUAAGAAGAGCUACACAAGAUGAAAAUUUCCUAAACUACAUUCAAAGCAAUGGUAAAACACUUGGUGCUGAAGAUAACAUAAACGAGUUCGGUUGGGAAAAUAAGCAUGCUGGCCUCAAUGUUCUUGUCUCCAAGGAAGUACUAAACGGAAAUGUAGAAUCUCUUGAAUCUUACAAGACUUCAGCAGAGAGUUUCCUAUGCACACUGAUACCCGAAACAUCGAGUUCGCAUAUUGAGUACACUCCUGGUGGACUCAUAUACAGACCAGGUGGAAGCAACUUACAACAUGCAACUUCAAUUGCUUUCCUUGAAUUAGUCUAUGCAAAUUACUUGUCCCGCACGUCGCAGACCAUAAAUUGUGGGAACGUUCAAGUUAGUGCGCAAACACUUCGGGAGCGUGCUAAGAGACAAGUUGAUUACAUUUUAGGUGAUAAUCCGUUGGGUUUGUCUUACAUGGUUGGUUACGGUGAUAAAUAUCCGCAACAUAUUCAUCACCGCGGAUCGUCUUUACCUUCGGUUAAUGAUCAUCCUCAAAAGAUUGAAUGCCACGAAGGGACGAUUUACUUCAACUCAACAAAUCCUAAUCCAAAUGUUCAUGUGGGAGCCAUUGUGGGAGGACCUGGAGAAGAUGAUGUUUAUGGGGAUGACAGGGCUGAUUUUAGAAAGUCUGAGCCAACCACAUAUAUCAAUGCACCAUUUGUUGGGGUUUUAGCAUAUUUUGCUGCUAAUCCUUAAUUGGUGACUUGACUACUAGUAUAUAAUAUGAAUAUAUUAUAUAUAUACGGAUCUGAGUAUCUUAUUUUGUAGAUAGAUAUAUACAGGAGAAGCUAAUGUGUCUCUCAUCUUGAGAAAACCAAGAAGGAAGAGGCUUUCUUGUUGGCUGGAUAAUACUUAAUAGGAAUGUCACAGAAUUUGAAGUGUCACAAAAUAUGUGACUUUUUUUCAUUGGAGGAUGAAAAACAAGAACUUAUUUGUAAUGUGUUUUUUUUCUUCAAUUUGACAAGAAUUGAGUAAGAUUGUCAUGUUGUAGUUGUUUGUUAAUUAUCUCAAGUUAGCAAUGAAGCUUUUUGUUUUGAUUAUGCUUAUAA